UUUUUUGAAAACGCCAAUGUCAUAAAAAUGGCGACAGAUAAGGAUGCGAAAAGUCCAAAUACACAAUUCGGGUCGAUAUUAAAACCACUAAAGGCUGUUUUACAUGGGCCUCCUGCUUCAGGCAAAACAGCCAUAGCCAACAGGAUAUGUAGGAGAUAUGGGGCUCAUUAUGUGUCAGUGAAAACGAUGAUUGAAGAGACUUUAGAAGAUUUGAGGCACAAUAUUGCAAUGGCCAAGGAAACUGCUGGACAGAAAUUGGAAAAAAGGAAAGAAGAUAUACAGGAUGAGGAAGUUGAAGAAGAGGAGGAGGAAGAGGAAGAAGGAGACAUAGCAGACGAUAGAGACAUCCAACAAUGGGAGGAACAAAUACGAGAUAUCAACGCUUUGUUGAGUCAGAGUCCCAAUAACAAACUGCCGGACGACUAUGUGGUGCGUUUGAUGAGAGUUUUCCUAUCCAAGGACCGUUGCCAGAGUCACGGCUAUGUUCUGGAUGGGUUUCCGAAAACUCUGCAACAGGCUAAAGAACUGUUUGGCCAAGCCGCCGAAGCCCCAAAAGACACUUCAGAACAGGCUAAAGGCGAGACCAUACCCGAGGAAGUUGCCGGUGAAGGAGGUGACAUGCUCAAAGUGGGAGGCGCCGUAGGCAACGCCAGCAUCGAUAUUAUGCCGGAUUUCGUCAUCAGUCUACAAGCAGACGACGACUUUCUUUGUGAAAGAGUGAUGAGGCUUCCAGAAAGAGACAUACAGGGAACACACUAUGACGAGCCAAACAUGAUAAGAAGACUGAUGGAGUUCAGAGAGAACAACACACCCGACAAUACAGUGUUGACUUUCUUCGACGAGGCUGACAUCCAUCCCAUCUUGAUCGAUUUGAUGGACGAGGCUGUGGAAGAUCUAGAAUGCAUUUUGAAAUAUCUCUACAAUAUUUUCGGACCUCCCAUUCCUGGCAUAGGUUUAAGCGAUGAAGAAGAGGAGAGGUUGAAGAAGUUGGAACAGGAGGAACAGAGAUUGAAGCAGCAAGCUUAUAUGCUAGAGAAACAGCUUGCUGAAGAACAAGCGAAAAAAGACUAUGAAGACAAGAUGGAGAAAUGGGCUGAAACCUUGGAAAAACUACAAAUGGAAGAGGAAAAAAUAAUAGCAGCAGAAACUGAGCCACUACGAUUUUACCUGAUGAAAUACGUUUUCCCAACAUUGACACAAGGACUUCUGGAAGUGGCAAAAAUACGACCAGACGAUCCAGUGGAUUACCUGGCGGAAUAUCUAUUCAAAAUAAAUCCAGAAGGUAAAAUGUUUGAUCCAUCUUUUAAUAGAGAAGGCGAAGAUCUACUCCAGCAAUCCGAAUCUGUAUCUCAAAAUAUAAAACAUGAAUAAUUCACUGAAUAAUCAUAAAUAGUCUUAUUUAUUACAUUUAUUUAUGAUUAUCCCUGUAUUAUUUUAAGUAUUUCUCUCAAUGUUUCUUAAAAUAAAACUCAAUUCUUUUUCGGUAAUAUGAUUUAUUUUUUGAAAUAACUACACUAUACAAUAUUAGAAUAAUUGUUAUAGUUUAUUAUAUAAAUAAUAAUUAUUAUUUUUACUUCCAACUGUCUGGAAAAAGACCUACAAUGACUAUUUCAAAAGCUUACUAUGCUAGGUUAAUAAUUAUUAUGAAAAAAAAAGAGGUCAAAAUACAACGUUUUUUUGUAUUCGUAUUUUGAAAUACACAACAGCCUCCAAAUCUUAAGUAUUUAUGUAUCACUCAUUCGCUUAACUCUAUGACCUUAAAUAGUUUUUCGACUAAAUCUGUACAGUAAAACAGAAUUCAUAUUUGGAAAUUCGCUCUGUAACUUGAUCUAAUAAAAUAAAAACUAAGAAUAUAAAAUUAAUAAAGUACGAAAAUUACUUAUUGAAAAAAUAAAAUUAAUAUCAGCGUACUAUCUAUUAAAUAUUAUUUAAAAUAUAUAAGAACUAUUAAGGACUAAUUUUAUUUUAUUUAACCUCAUUCCAGAACUACUGAGCAUUUUAACAAACAUUUCCUCGUGGACCAAAACAUGUCUUAUAUAUAAUAGAAACGUUAACAUUUUCUUAGAUAUGUAACUGUUUAAUCUUAUAUUCGUGUUUAAUGUAUUAGGUAUGUAAAAAUGCUAAACUUGGUCCACACUGUACACUACCUCCCUCUGUAAACCAACCAAUAAAAGAGCGAAUUUCCUUUACUACAUAUUAAAAUGGAAGAAACAGGUGUUUUUUUUUCGUUAAUGUUUAAAAUAAAACAAUAAAUACAAAAUAUAAUAAUAUAUAAAUAAAAUAACAUUACUAAAAUAAUCUCGUAUGAAUACCGGGUCUUUUAAAUCACCUUAUAAACGUUUUUAAACGAUAUUCAGCUAAAACUUCUUGCUGCAUGGCAAAAUUAAAGAACAAAAACGUUAUUUACACGCACAGAUAGAAGAUUCCCCUAUUUACAAACCGCUUGGGUAACAAUCCAUUAACUCUCUUGGUUUUUGUUCAACAUUUCGAAUAAUAAUUUAACAAAUUUAAAGCUUAAAAUGCACCAAAUGCCUUUCGCGUUUCUACUCUAACGACGGCAUCCUAAAUCGCCUUGGGCGCAGACAACAGGUCCGACAGUUGUGACGUUACAAGGUAUGCAACUGAAAAUACAUCCUUCUCUAUGCGUUUGUUCGAUUUCAACCCUAAGCCUAGUUGCUAUAAGGGCGAAAAUAAAAUGGAUCCGCGAUCGUUGCAUACCGGGUGACGUCACUCCAAUCGACCCAAUCAAAACGAGGCACCGAAAUGGAAUCAGAAGAAGACAAAGAAAAAUAUCGAUAGCGAUACUACAUUUCUAAUAAGAAUCGAUAAACAAUCGCAGCAAGGUAACGUGCAGAUCGAUGUUUGAGAGAAAGUAAGAGACGCUAAACGCAGCACAGAUUAAAAAAAUCAAGACAUUUACCGUAUUUCCAACAUUUUAUUGUCUAAAAACCAAAGUACCUUAACUGUAUUGCCUUUCUUAAUCUGUAGUACCGGUGUGUCCGUAAAGAACUAGAACUAGGAAAAAGUGGUAAGUGCGGCAACGUCGCAAUGAACGUAAGUUGAGCCGUAAAUCAGUUUUAACGAUGCCAAAUAAAUAUCAGGAAUUGACCAUUGAAUAAAAAGACGUAUAAGAAGUCAAACGCCAUUUUUAUAUUCGUACAUUAAAGACGGAAGGAUGUGUCGUGGCAGCCAUUUUGAAUCACCAUUUACAAUUCUCUCGAAGAGUUUUUGUGAGUUUGUUUGGGCUUCUCUAUAUUUAUUUUGUAUCAUUUCUUGUUCAUAUUACAAAAGUGAAGAAAAGGCUAAAAAAAUCAACUAUAAUGGAUAUCAACAUCUAUUUAUUCACCGUAAAACAAACCCCAGCAAAUUAGUGAGUAUUUUUUUAUAUUUUGUCAGGAUAAAAGAAAACGAACGCCACUGAACAACCGGAAGUCAAGUCAGCCAUAUUGAAAACCCUUCGCGGUCGUAAUACCAAGCCAAUAUUUUCUAUCUACUUCUUACCUCAGUGUUUAUAUUCAAUGGUUUCUAUUAAUAUAUUUUGUUUUUCUAAUAAAUAAAAAAGUUUUUUAAACUAUACAAAUUAUUGUUCUUUACCGACACACCUUAUAUAAAAAAUAUAUAUUCCUU